GUGGAUCGUAUCAUCUUCUGUGUCUUUUUGGAGGUUGACUACAAAAUUUUCAAGAAGAAAAUGGGCGAGUUUUUCCCGCUAGAUGAUGCUAAUGAAGAAGGGACUGAGCUGAGUGAAGAGACAGGAUUGGAACAAAAAGGCCAGCCUCCACCUCCAACAAAGAGCAAAGCAGAGCAGCCUGAGGACCUGCAAGAUGAUGUUGAAGGUGGUAACAGCACAGAGGAGAAGCAAAACACCGAAGAAACCGAGGCCCAGAGCCGAGAAGGAGAUGAGACGAAACAUUCAGCUGUAGCCAGCCUAUCAUCAUCAGAAGAAACAGAGCUGAGUGAGGAUAAAGAGUCCCUGAAAGACUCCAAAGGUGCACGGGAGAGUGACCCAGUGCAUCCUGUGGGGUGUGAAGAAGAUCAAGCCGAAGGACAACAGGAUGUUUCUGCAGAGGAGGAGAUGAAAACUGGGGCAGACUCCCAAAGCUCCUGCGUGGAAAUAGAAGAGCCAUUGCUGAACCAAGAAGACACAACAGAAGUUGAGACACCUUUGAUUCAUGGUGCAGAGGAAAAAGAAGAGGAAGGAAAAGAAGGAGGAGGCGUGCAAGGGAAGGAGGAAACUUUUGUGGAGCCUAUGAAAGUUGACCUCGCGUGUGAAGCAGCAGACGUUUCAAAUAAGGAUG